AUGGGAAUUUUUAAUCAGCAACCUAAUUAUCAAUCACACUCAAAAGGAAAACAAGGAAUUACUGGCCCUCAAGGCCCUCCUGGUGUAGCUGUUCCUAUUGGCCCUUCUGGUGCUCAGGGUGUCCCUGGCCUUCGUGGUCCCACUGGUGCAUCAGGCACUUGUUUUAAUCUUACAUCAGAUGGGAAUUAUGAUACGACAAACAAAAAGCUGACUAAUAUGGCUAAAGGAACUACUUCCAAUGAUGCCGUAAUAAAACAGCAACUUGAUACUAAACUAUCACUUUCUGGUGGUUUAAUGACCGGCAAUUUGGAUAUGAAUAACAAGAGGAUAUACAAUGUGGCUCAACCAAAUGGUGAUAAUCAACCAGCCACAAAAGUU